AUGAGUGGCGUCCACCACUCCCUGGGUAACGGAGUGUCUCAAACGUCUCCAACUCCCUCUCCUUGCCCACCCUACCAGUUCCCGUGCCCCCUUACCUCCUCCCGCCCCCCCUUUCCCCCUUACCUCCUCCCGCCCACCCUCCUCUCCCCCCACCCCACCAACGCGCAGCCCUCCAAUGCGCCCUGGGUGGCGGAGUGUUGCUUAUGUCUCCUCCCUCUUCCCACCCACCGUUCUUCUGCUCGCCUCUCUCCAAUCCCGCUUCCUGCUUUUCCCCGUCGCCCCCGACGCAGCAUCCACCACUCCAUGGGCGACGGCGUGUCGCUCAUGUCUCUCCUGCUCGCCUGCACCCGCCGCACUGACAACCCCGCCCUCCUCCCCACCCUCCCCACCGCCAAGCGGCAGACUGGCUCCCAGCCCAGCAGUGCAGCUGCAGCUGCAGUGGUGGUGGUGGAGGAGAGUGAGGAGCUGCGGAAGCAGCUGGAUGACGUGGGAGAGCCCGAGAAGGAACAGUUAAAGCCCGGGAAAGUACACAUGCCGUCUGCAGCAUCGGCAUUCACGCUUGACUCGAUGACCGAAUCGCCGUUCGCCCCAGACCCAGUCAGGCAGGCAGCAGCAGAAGCGGCAGUACCUUCAGAAAGGGUUACAGCAGAUGCGGGUGGGAGUGCGGGUGCGGGUGGUGGGGGUGCCAUGGGGAAAGGGGCAGGGGCGGCAGGAAAGAGAGGGGGAGUGGGAGGGUUGGUGGGUGUGGGGAGGUGGAUGUGGCAAGUGAUAGCUGUGUUGGGGAACACGCUGUGGCACGUGUCAACGUUCAUGGCUGUGCUGCUGUGGCGCGCUGAUACUGCCACGUGCGUCAAGAUGAAGUCGGGGAGUGGUGGCGCGCAGAAGAAGGCGGGGAAAGGGAGCAGUGCAGUGCUGCAGCACCCGGAGGAGGGGAGAGGGGAGGUGCAGACUGGGGGAGGGGAUGCUGUGGGAGGGGAUGGGAGUGGAGAUGGAGGAGGGGGAAGGUUUGUGUUUGGAGUGAGUGGGCCGAUGAGCCUGACUGACAUUUCGAGGGUCAGACGAGCCUUUGGUGCGACCAUCAACGAUGUGAUGGUGACGGUAAUCUCAGGGGGACUCGACCGUUACCUGCGCCACCACCACGAGCAGCAGGCAGAGAGAGCAGGAGAGCCUACCCCAGUUGCCACCUCCCCACUGCCUACCACUGUUCGCCUCAGCGCUGUCUGUGUUGUCAACAUCCGCCCCGCGCCUGGGCUUCAGGAAAUAUCCUCCAUGCUCGCUGGCCGAUCCAAGGCACGCUGGGGCAACUGCCUCGGAACCUUCCUGCUGCCCCUGCCUGUGCACUCGCCCGCACUCACCAACGGCCUGCCGACUAGAAACGGCAGCAGCGACAGCAAGAGCAGCAACGGCACGCAAGGGGUGAAUGGAAUCCCCAAGAGCGAGCAGGCGGCAGGGGAGGCGGAGGGAAUGGUGAAGAGCAAAGAAGGGGGUGCAGCAGGGGAGAUGGAGCAGCGGCGGCUGCGCAUGGUGGCGAGCAUGUGUGCGUCCAAGCGGCAGUCUCUGGAGGCUCAUUACAACUAUGUCAAUGCGAGACUCGUGCUCGCAACAGCCGGCAUGAAGUCAGCGUGCACGCUGAUGGGACGCCUGCUGGACCAGACAACCCUCUCCUUCUCCAACAUGAUGGGGCCCGUGGAGGAAGUGAGCCUGGGGGGGCAUGCCAUCGAGCGCAUCAGCCCCACCGUCCUGGGACAGCCACAUGCACUCACGCUGCAUUUCCAGACAUACAAUGGGGCGGCACACAUAGUCCUCUCAGCCAUCAGGGAGAAUGUGCCGGAUCCAGCCUUCCUCAUGCGCUGCUGUGAAGACGCCUUUGCUGCUCUCCAGGCAUCGGUGCAUUGA